UUUAAGUGGGAGAACUUGCACAAUUGCUGGCUGACUAAAUACUUCUUUGCCCCACUGUAUGCUCAUGGUUCUCCCUGCUCCAUUCUUUCUCCCUCGUGUUGGCCUGCCUGCUUUUUCUCUUCACUAAUGAUGCAAGUGUGUGUGUUCAUUCUUUGGUCUGUUGCGUGUAGAAUAUCCUAGCCUUUUCAUGACACCGAUGUUGCCGGGAUACAGAGGUAUCUUCAGGCCAGUCUAACGAGCAUGGGGUAGCCUACUCUUCGUUACUGAGUGGGUGGGGUGCUUUUGUCUCAUAUGAAAUUACAUUAGGCUAUUGGCAUGUUUGUCUGUUAGGGUAGGCUUUUUAAAUAUCGGCACAAAACCUCUAGACAUAUGAACCGGCAUUUUACUUGUCUGUAAAUGAAUGCCACGAAGCGGGACUAACAUUCAUCACUAGGCAACCAGAACUGUCCAUCAAAUAAUCUCAAACUGCCUGCGCGCAGACAUUUAAAAACUGUGACAUACAAAGACAUUUAGUAGAAAAAAACACAUCUAGCUCCCCUACCAUUAAAAAAACACAGCAGCACAUCAAUCCCCAAUGUUUGUUGUCAGGGAAACAAUACAGAACAUUCUAUGCCCGAGCAGAAUUCUGAGAAGUUAGACGCUAAUGAUUUUUGAAUGCAGCUUUUUUUAUGUAUUUUUGUCUGAAAAGUUAUCAAUUGUUGCUAUUGACAAGUUACUGUAGCUGCGUCCUAUGUCUGGUAGAUAUAAUAUAGCCCUAGCAGUCAUGCAUGCAUAAUAGGGAAAUUAUUCUGCAUUGUUAAUUGACGUGGAAUUGUAUGAUUUAUUUAUUUUUAAUUUUUUGGGGGGUUAUCGUUUUAACGGAAAACCGAUUUUAAUAAAAUAAAAAAAUGUUGGUCAGUUUGUCACAUCCCUACUUUCACCUCAAUCAUUCGACCAUAUAUGUUUGUCAGGUGAUUGAGGAGCCUUAUCUGAAGGUGCUCUACACGGCUGAGGAGAAGUACUCCCUGAAGAAGUCCUUCUACUCAUGCAAGACCAGCACCAGUAACUCUGCUGUGCGGCCCUCCCAGUACCUCACCAUGGCCGUGGACGCCGAGGACAAACGCCAUCUGGAGGAGCAGAUCAGUCUGCCUGGGCAUGCAGGCCAUCGAUGCACAGAUGAUAGCCAUGCAGGAACGUGCUGCCAAACAGGAUCGCCGUGACAAUGAGCUGCGGGCCCAGAAGAAGGCGCUCUCUGAGCUGAAGGGCAAAAAGAGACAGCUGGAACAGAAUAUCAGCACCAAGCAGGACAGUCUUUGGCAGAUGGCGCAGGGGGCUGAGGAAGAGACUAAGGCCCAGAUCUCUCCAGUCAACUCCCAGAAGGUGUCCAUUGUGGCUGAGUUCAUGGCCCACAUGAAGCUGAGGGCUAGGUUGAGUAUGGAGAAGGUGUGCAUGGCUCUAGAGACCGUGGGCAUGACAGCAGAGAAGACCAAGCUGGAGACUGACUGCAAGGAGGGCUCGGCUGAGCUCAGGGUCCUAGAGCAAGCGUGUGCCAUGCUGGAGCAGCGUAAGUCCUGUCUAUUGGAGAAAUGUAAGGGCAUGCUGAGGAGGGCCAGGGUGAUCUUUAACAUGGAUCCUGGGAAGAGUGUUGUACCCCCAGACCUACACACGGCCUUCAGUCAGCUGCCCAACACUGGAUGAGAUUGAUGCCAUGUUGAAUGAGGAGAGGUCCAGGGCAAAGUGCUUCACUGGCCUCCGUGAAAAUUAUGCCCCACUGGUGUCUGAGAUCAUAGAUUCUACCUCACUAUUUAACCCCCCCCCCUCGAUGGUGGAUGAGUACAACAGAAGAGAGCAGGAGAUCAAGAACCUGGAGAAAGAGCUGGAUGACGAGCAAUGCCCUUGACACCUACAGACAGACCAUAUCAGAGGUACUUCAGUGUUUGGAUUGGUCAGAUUUACUAGGCUUUUGCAACUGUGCAAGAUUUACCUGUUUUUUUUGUUGUUGUGAGGAUUACAAAAACAAAUCUUAAAUGUGAAAUUGCCUUUAAAUAGUUCCAUACCUGAUUUGAACCUGCGUAUCUUUUUCCUUCAUAUGUUUUGUUAUUUCAAUGCGUCAUAAAGCAGGUGCAAAAUUGGUCUCUGAAAAUACACAAUCUAGAAAAUCUGUGUGUGCUAGUGUACUUGCCUCAAAGUGCAUGUUCAAGUGUGUUGUCUUACAGAGAGUAAUGUUUCUUUCCUGAGGCCUUCGCCCUCUCUGUUGACAUGCUAAGGAGUGCUGGCUGAACCCUCUUAAGCAACUGGUAGAGCAGAUUACCAGUUAACGCUCUCUGCCAUCUCGUGCCCUAAUUUGGGGUUUGACAGAAAAAAAGUAUGCACAGUUUAUUUUGGCAUUGCUCCCCUUACACAUUUGCUCAACUUAUUUGUUUGUUUUAUAUAGUCUCGUCAAAUUAAUAAAUAUUUUGUAUAUACUGUUCGAAACACUGUUCAAAUAAAUUUUUUCUUUCA